AUGAUUAGUAAGGGCAUGUUUAUAUUCUUCUUAUGGUUAUCAAAUAUUUUUGGUGUAGGUCUCGCCAUUAUACCUAAUGUUGAUAAUAUAGACAGAUCGAAUUCCAAUAGUCAACACAACGAGCCAGGCCAUUUAUCGUUGCCAAACUUAUUACACGCCAAUAAUAUCAAUGAUUUAGAUUUAACUUGGGAUGUUCUUUCUAAUGUCAAAUUGGAUACGGGUAGAUUAAUUAUCGAUAAUAAUAAUGGAGCUGUUUGGUCGAAAGCGCAUCUAGCCAAUACAGUAGACGAAUGGACGAUUGAAAUGGUUUUCAGGUCUUCGGGUACUUCAAAAAAAGACUUGGCCUUUGGAGAUACUAAUGGGUUGGCUUUAUGGUUAAUUGAUUCUUCGAACUCGUUACCAAUUAAUGUCAAAAAUGUGGAUAAUUUUGGAGGACCUUCUCAAUUCGAUGGAUUUCAAUUCUUGGUCAAUACAAGAGAAAAGAGAGGAUUAAAGAUAUUUAACAAUGAUGGUACCAAAACUUUGGGAAACACAAUCGACCAAUCUAUCGGUGACUGCUCUUUCAAUUACUUAGAUUCUCUGGUUCCAUUUACUAUGAGAGUUUCUUAUUCUAAACGGAGAAAGUGGUUUAAGGUGCAGAUUGAUAACAACUUAUGUUUCAAAACUGAUCAAAUCAUCCUUCCAAACGACUUGAAUGAUUUUAUGUUUGGUAUUACAGGUAAUAUUAGUCCAUCAUCUCAAGAGGCAUUUGAAAUAUUGAAGUUAGAUGUUUGGACCCACUUAACUGAGGAUGCAAUUGACGAUCAUGCGUUGAUGUCGGAUGGCCAUUUGAAAAUUGAAUAUAAGACUGUGACAGCUGAUGAUCCAAAAGACACAUAUAUACCUCCUUCUAAAAUAAGAGAAUCUCUUAUGGAGAGGAACAGAAAACACAGAGAAGAAAUAUUACGUCAACAAAGAGAAGCUCAGCAAGAAGGCAACAAAGAUAAUAAAAUAGACAUGUUAUUAAAUGACAUCUCCUUCAAAUUAGAGAAUCUUGAAUUGAGACUCUCGAGCAUGGAUUCCUCUGUAGGCUCAGGCGAUACUUCUUAUGACACGAAGGUCUUAGGGGCUCAACUUAAAGAUAUUACAGCCAUUCAAGCUCAGCAACAAGAGGCCUUAUUCAAUUUGCAGCAAGGCUAUGAUAAGUUUAAGACCACUCUUGGCCACCAGUAUACUGAGUUACUACAAGCUGUCUCCAAAUUAAACGAAAAAGUGAUUGGUGAAGUUAGAGAACACCAGUAUAGUACUGAAGAAUUAAGUAAAAAAGUCGAUUUAUUGAUGUCGAACCAUAAAGAAGUGGCGUAUCAAUAUCAAAACGGAAAUAAUGAUUUCAAAAACAACGACUCUGAUUUAUUACCAUCUAUUAUUAGAUGGGUAUUAAUACCAGUAGUAGUUGGAAUUAUUCUAUUAACUAUUGUCGUUUACAGAUUGAGACAUGAUAUCAAACAUUCCAAGCUACUUUAA